AUGGCUACCGAAGUCAUAGUCCGCGAGUCGCGGCGACGGUACAUCUGGCCCGAAGUCCAGCUCAACCUCUGGAUAUUCAUUGUCCUAGCCGGCUCGUCCACGGUCCUAGGCAUCAACGCAUGGUUCAUCGCCGUGCAGGAGCAGAUGCGCCUCGGCGUUCCUUGGAUCUUCACCUUCGCCGUCAUCACCGGCGGCCUGACCAUCCUCUUCCUGAUCAUCAUCCUCAUCCUGGCGGCGCGCCGCAUGCUCAUCCCCGGCAUCAUCCUGCUGGGCUCGUUCGUGCUGUUCGUGCUGUGGGUGACCACGCUGAUCGAGACGGCCGUGCAGCUGUACGGCGACGGCAACGUCAACGGCAACUGCAACAACUAUGUCAACAACCAGGAGUUUCGCGGCGUGAGCAUCGAGACCCUCGCCUGGCUGACCCAGAGCAACAUCUGUAGCUGUUGGAAGGCAAGCUUCGCCUGGAGCAUCAUUCUUGCGGUGCUGUUCCUGUGGAUGAUGAUCCUGAGUUGGCAGGUGCAGAAUUUUGACGAUUGA